CAGUUUUCGUCUGACGUUCUUACCGUUCGCAUUUUGUUCGUUGUGUUUGUGCUGUGCGAUUAUUAUUAUUAUUAUUAUUAUUAUUAAUUAUUUUUGUGAUCGCUCGAAGUGUUUUGAAUACUUAUUAGUCUCAGUCACGCCUAUUAACUAUAAAAUCGUAUUUUUUUAAUUAUUAUUAUUAUUUAAAAGAAGAAAACGUUAAUUAGUUUUUAUUUUUAUUAUCUGAGUACGACUUAUCGAUUCGAAGUGUGUUCCAACCAUUUGACCAUUUACUAUGGCAAUCAUGGACUCGAAUCCGGAGAAUAAUCAGUACCAAUACAUUCAAGACACUUCUUUAGCUUCGUUGGACUCCAAGACGAGCCCACUUGCCAUGUUAGUGCGGACCUGCAGCCAGAUCGGCGCUGACCCGCCGAUGGCGGCGGCCGCUAAGUCGAAAAAACCAGCAGCUGCCACCCCCGUUUCGGCCACAGCCGCCGCCGCGGACCGGCCACAUAGCGCAUCACCGGCCUCAGCGUCAGUGGCUUAUUUGGGCCACGGGGCUGCCAAGCACCACCGGACUAACAUCAACAACAAUUACAUGGAAGACACGCCCAAACCGGCAAAGUUAAACUUUAAACCAUACGAAAAUACCGUGUCGACACCGUCGCCGCAUCACCAUCUACAGCACGCCGUACAGCACCACCAUCACCACUCUUCGCCUUACGGUGUGCAUCAGCUGCAUUCCAACCAUCCAAGCAACAACAAUAACAACAACAACGACGACGACAGUCGGCCAAAAAGCAGCAGCUCGGAAGACAACGGCAACAAUGCAGGCCACGGCAAGAAGCGCAAGUCCACUUCGCCACGAGACGAAUAUGGCGGCGCGCACCACAAGAGCAGUCGCCGGUCAUCGUCGUCGGCUUCUUCGUCUGAAACCGCAGUGGCCGCGUCCACCGCCUCCUCCGCCGCCGACCCGUCCAUCAAUCCGAUCAUACGGUCCGGUCUAGAAGUAAUGCACGGCGCCACGGCCAAGGCGUUCUGCCCGCCGCCGCCGAUGCCCGCUCACUCGCCGUACAAACCGCACGACCCACUUGCCGCCUUCCGACACACGUACCUACCCGGUGCACCGUGGAUGCCGGCCGCCGUGUCUCUGGCCGCGGCCGCUGCGGGCAAAGCGUCUCCGUCGUCCGACUGCAAGGACCCAAUGUGCGGCGGCCCGGCUUCCGGGUGCGGCCAGCAGCAGCAGCACGCGGCAGCUGCGGCCGCACUGGCGUUCGCCACACAAUACCAUCCGAUGAUGGCCGCGGCCGGCGCUUGCCCGGCCGGUUGCGUACAGUGCGACCACCAGCGGUACCUGUCGUCGCUUAUGGCCGCCGCUUCCGUGCCCGCUUUCUACGCUCCCGUGGCCCGCCCGUACACGUGCAGCUGGGUGAUUCCCGGCGGCCACAUGCAGUCGUCGUCGCCCGCCGCCGCCGGCACCGAAGCGGCCACGGCCGCCUCGCUGUGCGGCAAGAGCUUCAGCACGUCCGAAGAACUGUUGCAGCACAUCCGCACGCACACAUCAGCCGGCGGUAGUGCCGUCUCCGCGGCCGCUUGCAUGGCCGCGGGUCCGAUGUCGCCCACCACGGCGGCCGCGUUCUCCGCCUACAACAGCCACCUGUCUCGGCACUUGUUCCAUCACCCGUCCGCGGCCGCAGCUUACGGCAAACCACCGUCCAUGAUGCCGCCGUCGCCGUACAGCGCGUUCAACCCGACGGCCGCGUACUGCUACCCGCCGCCGUCCGCGGCCGCCGCAGCCGCAGCCGCAUACCAUCACCACCAUCACCAACAGCAGCAGCAGCAGUUGUACUCACCCCGCGGUGACACGUCCGCCGCCACCGUGAGCCGUUAACGUCAGCGCCAUCUGCACAACAAUUUAUUUUUAUCAUUACAUCGAUGUAUAGUGACACUGUGAUAGCCGCUUAUAUAUUGUAUAUUAUUAUUAUUAAUCGCCCGGCAUACCGAUCGGCAAACGUCGAUAAAUGCGCGACAACAAAUCUUUCUCACUCCCUCUCAAUCUCCCGACGACCCAUUAAUAUUCGUUUUGUUAUAUUAUUUUUAUUAUUAUUAUCAUUAUCAAUUAUCAUCAGCCUCGUGUGACGGGUACGCGUAGUAUACCAUACUAUACUUAAAAUCUGUUUUUUUUUGCCCACCCGCGGGGAGGUCUUUCGACCGAUACACGGUUUGCGUAUGUGUGUGCGUGUAUGUGUAUAUUAUAAAUGUGAUGUAUUUAAUUUAAUUUAUUAUUUCGUGUAAUUAUUAUCAUAUAAUAUGUGACCCUUCUCGGUCUUGCAGGAUACGAUAUUAUGAUGAUUUUUUUAUUAUUAUUAUUGUGUUUUUUUUUCAAAAUUUUUUUUUUCGUUAAUUAUUGUAGACGCGUCGCAUGCAAUGCCACCACACAAACACUGUAAUACUUCUCUAUUGAUUUACGAGUUAUUUAUUAGUAGUACUCUCUCGUUUUUAUUUUUUUUUUCAUUUUAUUACGACCUCGUUGUUAUUUUAAUUUAAUACCAACGGCUUGUGUGAUUUA